AUGGAGAAGGUUGUUCCGGGAGCCCGGGAGGAGAACCGGCAGGGCGUUGGUUCCAGGGGCUAUGUCCGGGCUCGGGCGCUGUGCUUUCAGCCGGAGGAGCAGAAGGAGCGGGAGGUGGAGGAUCAGAUCAUCUGUCAGCAGCAGCAUGAAAACAAGCGAUUCUUUGGAUGUAGCGUCAAGACGGCGCAUUGCGACGGACAGCAGCAGCAGCGCAAAGGAGGAGCCGCCCCGCUGCUGCGGAACAACUCCAGCGUGUCGUCCACCAUGUCGGAGCCCGUGGAUAUCCCGGGGGCGAGAAGCACCAGCAGCAGCGUCGAGAGCGGCGGCGGUGCCGGCGCCGAUGAGGAGGGAUGGGUCUCGCUGUGGAACACGUACACCAGGCUAUUCCCCGGGACCUUCACCGGAUGCAGCCCCCCCGGGUCCGCGCCCCCUCUCGACUCCCCCCUGUACGCCGCUUCCCCGCCGCCGCCGCCGCCGAUGAACGCCUACCCGAGUAGGAGGAACAAGGCUUCGGGUAUGGCAGGAACACCGGACGUCCGCGGCGGCGGCCUGUUGCCGGCGGCGAGGGCAAGCGACGGGUAUCCGUUGCCCCCGGUGACGCCCGAGAGCAGCAGCGGCAGCCGUCUCCCGACAACGGCGACGGUGCGCCGCCGCCCCCGCUACCAGCGCCGCCCUUCGACGGUGGCAGUGCCGACGAGCCCCGGCGGCGGCGGCGGCGGCGGCGACGCGUCCCGGCCGGGAGGAAACGAUUCCGCCGCCGCCGAUGCCGCCACCGGCGGCGGCUGCGCGAGAACGGACCCGGGUCCUUCCCGUCCGGCAUCAUCUACACCACGACCCGACGGCCGGUCCUCUUGCCGCCGGUAUCAGCAGCCGGGGGAGGAAGAGGUGGUCGGACAUGGCGACGAAAUGCUGCUAGACGACGAUGACGACGGCGACGACGACGUCGGGGUGCCACCUCGGGGUUGCUCCUGGGGACAGCUCUCCCGGAUGCCGCUUGAGGAGGCGGGGCGGAAGCUCGGCACGUUCUCGGCAAAGGGCUUCUCGACCGGCGGCGGCGGCGGCGGCGGUGGCGGCGACGGAAGAGGUUACCUUGACGUUAGCGACUGCGAAGAGGGCGGCGGCGGCGGCGGCUGCGCUGCUGGCAGCUUCGAAGACGACUUGGGCGAUAAUUCUGAUGCGGACCUUGAACUGUCGGAAGGGCUCAUGUUCGACCUUGAGAUGUAGUGCUCGUGGUGGGCUGUUCCGGGCGAGGGUCUCGCACUCGUUAGUUACUUGGCAUCCGAUCAGUAAGUUGGGUAAAAACGGUUAUGGGAGCGGGGUUGGAAGAAGUCCAAGGUCAUCGGGGUGCAAUAGCCGCGGGUUGGAUUAGUCGCACGGCAACCCGAAACGGGUGUGCAGGCGCCAACGUCUUACGCGUUUAGAGGUUUGAAUCGCUGCGUUCGGCGCUGUUACCUUCACCUUUACCGAUAAGCACCAGUUUCGGGUGCCUCGUCUGCGUGACGCGACGUGCGGUUGGCACAAUUUCUUUUCUAAUUUUCCUGUCGGCUUUUCUUUUGUAUGCUUAUUUUUUUUAGCGGGCCAUCCUCCGUGUUUCGUGACUUAUUUUACACCCCAUGGUACGCAGGACCUGGGGUCGUCAUUUUAUCACGGCUGAUGCUAGCCACGCGCUCUUGAUCGUUGGUUUUUAUGUUUUUAUUGUUCUUCUUGACCGUCCGGUCAGGUAAGUAGGUAGGCAGCGGGGGGCUCCGAAGGGAGCGCCGCCGCUUGUCCACCCCCCCCGUCUUCGCCCUGGGGGAGAGGAGUUGAUGUAUACGUUGGGUUUCGAUGUUGUGAGGAGGGAGGGGGGGGGGCAAGGGAGUCGCGACCCUUUCGGUGGAUGGAGGGAUGGCUCUGUCUGUGGUGUUGGGUCUUGUCGUUUCGGGAGAUGUGUGCGUACGAUAUUUUUUUCGUUUUUUUUUUUUCUCCCCGCGCGAAGAUGCCGUUGCUGCUGCUGGCUGGUUCUCGUAAACUCUCACGAAGAGAUUUAAAAAGAUAAGCUGGUUGUACCCGGUAUUGGGGAGGGCAGCGCUGUGGUGUGUGUACGUGUGUGUGUGAGGUGAGUGUGUGCUCGACCGCCUCUCCUCGGUAGACUGUUGUUUUAUGGUUGUGGAUGCAUUCUGCACGUUACGUCUGUCUGCCGCUGCCGCUGAAGCCCGUGCUGCGGCAGGCGGCGGCGGGUCCACCCACGAGACGCGAGGGUAAGGAAACAGUCAAACCCCACACCGUAGCGCUUGUAGGGGGCGAGGGUCAUUAGUUCGUUUACGAACGGUUUGUAGUGAAAAGAAAACUAUUUUGCGGUCAUCAUUUGUUUUCGCACGGGUGUUUCGACAGCAAGCAGCCGUGUUGGUGUGCGUGUUGGUGUUCGGUGUGUGUUGGUUUCGUUGCAGGACACGGGUUAGUUGCAAAGAGGACGGCGCGGGUUGUGGAUGGUGGGCGAACAAGAUUUCAAGGAGACGCAACGUUGCCCGAGUCUGGAGCAAUUCUCCCCGUGGCUAGUGGGGUUCGAGCGAAAGACUGAGGUGUAGAGUCCGUGUCAGUGUUUGUUUUGUUUUCGUUGCUGUUGCUGUUGUUGUUGUGUUGCUGCUGCUGUUUGUUGCUAUCGCUAACUGUUGUUUGUACACGACGUCCAUGAUCCACACUGUUUUUUCUUAUUGGUAACUGUUUUUUUAGACUCCGGGUGUUGUUCCAUCCUCCAAAGUGUGUCUUCUGUCUGUCUUUUUUGCUUUGUUUUCCAGUUUUUUUUUUUUGUCGCCACCUUGUUUUUCGACGUGAUUGUUGCCGCACUCCGUGGUUGUCUUCCACUUGUUUCCCGAACGCUUGAUGGACUGAUUGGUUGGUUGGGUGUGUGCUUGGCAGGUCGCGCUCUCGGUUGCAGAGCUCUCGUACGCCACUGGUUGGGGGGGGAAACAUGGCAGAUCGGUCACCGAAAAUACUAGGUCUCGUUUUUUUCCGUACGCGCCAGCCACCUCUCAAGAAGCUCUUGUUUUUUCCCGAGGCAGGCUCGUUUCUUAUUGCUGGAACUGUGUUUUGUGUGUCUGGUAUUCCAACGUCGACUAAAUGGAUUUUUUUGCGUAGGAAUCCCUAUCUGAGCGACUGUUCUUACGGUCAAGUUCGUAAAUGUUUUUCCUUUUGUGGAACCUGGAUCCCUUAUCCCCCAGGUUCUCAAUGUGGUCGGCGAGAGAGUACCGCCAUAUGCUCUUCUUCUUUUUGCGCUCGAGGCGCGUAUGCAAGCGCGUAUGGGGGAUGGGUUGGGCGUGUUUAGUUGCCAGCGAAAACGGUACUUGACGGUUCGGCUGCAGGGCGAGGAGAUUUCGUUCUGCGGUAAGGUAUUGUAUGUAUGCAGGUGGCACUCAAGAAUGGUUUCUUCGUCCCGUACCGGGGGAUAUUUGGUGCGAAGGGGUGUAUGGCACGUACACACAGCUGUAGGUCGGGAUUGGUGGAGCUACGUGUGGCGGUGGGCGUCGUCUUUCAGUGCUGGAAGCUUUUCUCGCGGUUGGUUGCUUUACCCUGAGCCCGCUGGCCGCUUAUGGCGUGCUCGGUGGGCCGUGAGAGGGGCUACAGCAGAGUCAUCCCCGUUUGGUGGUGGUGGCGGUGCGGUUUGCGGUAUGAUAUCGGAAAGGCUCUGGCUUCUCUUUUGUGGGGCACUAGUCAGCGGUUUGUCCUGGCCUACCGGUGUGGCUCCUCCAAAAGAAGACCCCCGUGCCCACGAAAACCCCCACCAUGCUCUUUCCGAUACUGAUUGGUAGUGCAAGACUUGUCUCCUGCUUGGAGUUUCUGGUAAUUAUAGUCGUGGGUGGCAGUGACACGGUUUUCAUGUCCGCUCCACAAAACAGCUGUGUUGCCGGGUUAUCGUUUCCCUCCAAAGGCUACUACGUGCUGUUCGGCUUUGGUGGUCGUCCAAGCGAUGCGCCUUGGUCGGGCUGUUUUCGGGGUGCGCUCUCUUUUGCCUGGUUAUUUGUGCGGGGGGGGGUUUGUGGUAAUGGGGGACCAUGGAAGAAUAAAUACGGUGGUGAUGGAAGAGAGCGAGCGGGUUGACGGUCCUAACAUUCCACGCACUGCAAGUACAUAGUUCAGGACUGGUGCUGCUGUGUUUCGGGAGGCGAAGCGAUGAACCGAGUCGAGGAACAAAGGCAGUGAACAAAUAAUAAAUGCCGUGCAUGCCGUGUGUUCCUUGCGGUCACUCCAUCGUGUACCUCAUGUCGCCCAUGCUAAGCUUAGGUUUGACCCACACUAAUUAAUGCACCCUGGCUCGUGAGUGUUGUUGUACUUUGGUAUAAUGCUGCAUUUUGGAAUGAAGGGAGGGAAUUAACAAAGAAAAAAUAGCGAAGAACGCUGGCGUAAGAGAAAGGUUGUUGAUGUGCCAAUCCUCCUAUGAUAUAAAUAGCUCCGCGCACGAGACGAAAACAAGAAAAAACACUGGCUUGUGAAAGUUUAUACUGUGUUUUGUUUGGCCUGUUGUUGCCAUCAACCUCAUCGCUCGCUGUGGUUGGCUUGUUUUCCGGAGUUAUGUUGAUUGAGGGUUUGGUUAGUUAUGUAACCGUGGUAAACCGCGGCAAGGGGGGGUCAUAAAAAGAGGAAUGAAUGAUGAUUCGCGGAAUAUAUUAGUGUUUGUGCCUACUUCAUUGUGGAUGCAAAAAAAAAACGAAGUUCUAGGGGUGGUGGGGGGCAGGCAGUGGAGCUAGCUAUGGAACGGGGGAUAGUGAAGGGAUGUUUGUGUCGUAUCGACGAGGCAUGGCUCUGCCGUCGGUGUAUUGCUGGCGGUUCAUUUAAGAAUGUGCCGCCACGUUGGAUGAUGUUUUUUGUGCUUGAGGUGGACGACAAGAAUUAUCAUGGACACUUUAUUUUUCAACU